AUGUCUGAUACGCUAAAACUUGAAAUACCAAUCGAUGAUGAUCUACUACAUAAAUCGAAGCCGAAAGGAAUCCGAUCAAUCGUUAGUACCUUUCCACCAUUGAACAAGGCGAAAACCACUUUGAAAAAAUCGGAUCCCAAUGAAAAUGACAAACAGUCAGAGAAGGAACAAGUUGUUGUCAAUCGUUUUAUCACGAGUAAAUGCAUAGGUAACGGUGGAUUCGGUGAAAUUUAUCUAGCUAAAGAUAGAGAGCAAAAUGAUCUAUUAGUGGCAGUUAAAUUUGAACGUACGAAUACUCAGCGUCGACAACUACCCAUCGAAAAGUGUGUUUUCGAAAUCAUGCAUGACAGCAUCUACAUACCACGGCUGUUCUAUUUUGGUACUCACAAGGAGUACACGAUACUUGCAAUGGAUCUCUUAGGACCGUCAGUGGAAGAUCUGCUGAGUUUUACUGGACGGAAGUUUUCUUCGAAAACGGUUUGUAUGAUCAUGGAACAAGUUUUACGUGGAAUAGAAGCAUUGCAUAAUCGUUCGAUAAUUCAUCGAGAUUUGAAACCGGAUAAUUUUCUAUUUGGUCUUGGGGCGAAAUCUCACCUCGUACAUUUAAUUGAUUUCGGUCUUUGUAAGAACUUUCGUCAUCCAUUAACUUACGAACAUAAUUCGUAUCGAAUUGGUAAAACAUUAACAGGCACAGCACGUUACUGUUCACUGUACACUCAUCAUGGAAUUGAACAGUCGAGACGUGACGAUAUUCAAUGUUUAUCUUAUAUUAUGAUUUAUUUGGCAAAAGGUUUUUUGCCUUGGAUGUCAAUCAAAAUGUCGCAUCGUAAAAAGCGCAAUGAAAAGUUAAUGGAAAUUAAAGAAAGUUUAACGGCGAACGAGUUAUGCAAAGAUUUACCAUAUGAAUUUGAAUUGUUCUAUAAAUAUUCGAGAACGUUGUCAUACACUCAGCGACCUGACUAUGGAUAUUUAAGAAAUUUAUUCCUGGCAGUCAUCAAUAGUUUGAAUGAAACAUUUGACUAUAUCUACGAUUGGCACUUGAUUGUAAAAAUGUUUAAAGAAAAUCUCAAAGAAGGAAGGCCAAUUUUAACGAAGAGAAAAGAUUGA